UUAGCAAUCGACUUCGUUUCUCGUGCGUAAACCGCCCAUAUAUCAACCUCGAGCCCCGGGUACAAUCUUCCUUCACGAUCGCCUCAUCGGUAGCUGGCAUCCGCAGCCCAAAGCAUUCAGGAUGGGUCUGAAUGUGGGGUUGCUUUUUCAAGCACUAGGCGCUCUUGCAGCGUUCUACGUUGCAAAAUUUGUCUUGCGACUGGUUCACGUAAGAUCGAGAGUGCGAGCCGUCUCGAAAGACCAUGGAGUGGACAUUCUUCCGCACUCGUUCAUCUUUGGCCAUCUUUUGCUGGUGGGCAAAUUGAUGGCAACGCAGCCUCCGGGACUGAAUGGCCAAGUUCUCCCUCUGCUGCUAUUGAGGAAGUACCCGGAACUCUGCACGAAAGGUUUAGUCUACGUAGACACAUGGCCAAUAGGCCCGCCCAUGAUCGCCGUCUUCCACCCGAAGAUAGCAGAUCAAUUCACCCAGGAACGUUCGCUGCCGAAACAUUCAAUGAUGAAGGAGGAGUUUCACCCCCUAACCGGAUGCAAUGAUCUUGUCAAUAUGGAAGGCCAGACGUGGAAGACAUGGCGAGCUGUGUUUAACCCUGGAUUCUCAGCUCGGAAUAUUCUCUCCCUGGUGCCUGCGAUGGUCGAGGAAGCGCUAGUCCUUAAGAAGUCUUUCGAGACUUUAGCUGACUCCGGAGCCACUGUUGCUCUGGAAGAUGAUGUGAUGAAGGCUACGGUGGACGUCAUCGGCAGGGCGGUUCUGGGUACGCGACUAAAUGCACAAACAACAGACUCACCUGUAUUCACGGCUCUGCAGAAGCAGAUCGGCCUGCUGAUACCUGACAAUUCGCCCCCCAAUUUUCUCAAGUCUAUCAAUCCCUUGAGGCCGUUUCAGAUGCUUUACUACAACUACGUCAUGAAGCGCGAGAUUGUGCCGCACAUCGAGCGACAGCUCAAUGAAAACAUCUUUGAAAAAAGUAAUAGUAACGGCCCCAAAACCGUCAACAGUCUGGCAAUAACUUCGUACAUCAAAGAGAUCUCCGCGUCUGGCUCUAAAGCUGAAGCGAAGCUCGACUCACAGUUCAUCGACAUCGCCGUUUCUCAGCUCAAGAUCUUUCUGCUUGCAGGCCAUGAUACCACGGCUAGCGCCCUGUGUUUCGCUUGGUAUCUCAUGACCAAGUAUCCUGCUAUCCUUGAGAAGGUACGAUCCGAGCAUGAUGAAGUCUUUGGAAUCGAUGCAACCGCUGCGGCAUCCCGCAUCAUCGAGAAUCCCGCUUUGCUAAACCAACUCUCUUACACAAACGCCGUGCUGAAAGAGACUCUUCGCCUCUAUCCGCCCGUUGGAACCGUACGACAAGGAGCUCCUGAUGUUUUCAUUACCGCACCGGAGACAGGUGAGCGUUUCCCUACUGACGGGUUUAUGAUGUUCGUCGCUUCGCAGGCGAUGCACCGAUGGGAAGCGCUUUGGCCAGAACCCGAUAAAGUUAUCCCCGAGAGAUGGCUGGUUAAGGACGGCGACCCUCUACACCCAGUGAAGAGCGCAUUCCGACCAUUCGAAUUGGGUCCGAGGAAUUGCAUCGGUCAGGAUUUGGCUUUCGUCGAGAUGCGACUCAUCCUAGCUUUGACGGUGAGAGAGCUCGAAGUUGUGCCACAAUUUGCUGAGGAUGCGCCAGAGGUUUUCGGGGAGAAAGGUUUCCAGUGGAUGACGGGGACACAGAUCACUGCUCAUCCCAAAGAAGGAAUGCCAGCUAAGAUUGUAAGAAGGUAAUUGGUCCUUGGUUCUGUUUGGAAACAGCUGGGAGGGGUGGACGAUGCCAGUCUUUCAAUGCUUCCAUAAGUGUGUCUCUAUCUGUAGGGAAAGGGCUGCGUUUGGUACUAAAUGUAACUUGCAUGUACUCACAGCCAAUUCAAGACACAACCAACUUCUUAG